UUAACCCUCUCGCUACGUAUCGAUAAGUUCUGAUGGUUCAGGAAUUGUAUUCAAAGUUGCGGCUUUGUUCGGAAAGGUUACGGUCUAAUUGGAUCCUAUUUUUCAGGUGGGUUUGAUGAUCCGGAAAGGAGAUAUGUUGUACUUUUGGAUGGGGAGAAUUUCUGACCGCCGCUGAUUGGACUGAUAACGUCAGUUAUGACUUCCUUUUGGACGAAGAAUUGUCUACGUAAUCAAAGGUUACUUUAAGAUGUUCUUGGCCCGAUAUUUGGUGACUGGUUUUGUUUUGGCUCUUGCGUUCAUCCACUUCGCUGCACUAACUAUGAUCCUGCCACCGUCGUGUCCUCCCGAAUGUAUAUGCUUAUCUCAAACACAGGUGCUGUGUAAUUCGGGCGGAUUACGAGAGAUUCCGGUGAAACUUCUGCCUUCGACGGUGGAGCACCUCUCCUUAACGAGAAACCACUUUCCUGUUAUCAAGAGCGACGCUUUUGCGGGUUUGAGGUAUUUGAGGAAGCUGUCUUUGGAUGGCAACAACAUAUCAAUCAUUAAACCGUUCGCCUUCAGGGGUCUUCCGCGUCUUCGAGAACUAUCUAUACAGCAAACACCUCUGGCUACCGUCGCCCAGUUCGCCUUCGCCGGUCUACAGAACAUCACCUCCAUUUAUCUAAGCCACAAUAAAAUCAAGAAGGUGGAGGGCUACUCGUUCGCUGGAACCUCGAAUUUAAAGUUACUAGUGCUGACUAAUAACCCCAUAAUCAAGAUUGAAAGCAAUGCGUUUAGCGGUUUAACGAAUGUUGAAAGGCUGAAUUUCCCAUCGGGAGUGCGCGUUUUAGAGCAGGACGCAUUCAACGGCUUAGAUACCGUGGGAUUUUUGAAACUGGCGUUCAUGGAUCUGCCGGCGUUGAGGGAAGGAACUUUUAGAGGACUCACUAAUGUCGGCGUCUUGUCUAUACAGGAGUCCGAUUUGGGUGUGAUCGAGCGCGACGCGUUCGAAGGGUUAACGUUUAUUAAUAAUUUGUACAUUUUAAAUAAUAAAAUUGACGGCAUUCAAGAAUUAAAUUUGACGCAGGAGCAACGAAUCGGUUUCUUGAAGCUGCAAGGCAACCACAUCCUGGAGAUUCCGCGAGCAGAGACUCUCAACAUCGGUGCUGAUAAGCUGACUGUGAUAUCGAAUCAUUUUCCUUGUGAUUGUCACAUACACACCUUGUUAGAGGGACCUUUAGCGAACGGUAGUUUACUAGAAUUCAUAUCGAAGAAUUAUUGCAUAUCGCCGCUGGAAGUUAACGGAAGGCCCAUGAGUGACAUAGAUAUCGACUCGAUAGGACGAUGUCAGGAGGAGGUUACAAGAGGCAAUUUGGAGGCUUCCAAAGACUCAACAAGAUGUAGUUGGACAACGGAUAAUUUAUUUAAAGCGAUUGAACAUGUCGCGGAGUCGCUGCGGAGGCCCUCUAUUUUUGGGGCUGUAGUUAAUUUAAAUUCGGAGAAAGUGAUGAGAGCAACAUGUGGCGAAUAUGAGACGAAAUGGACAAACUCUUUAGAGAUAGAGUCGAUUUCGGGAAAGAUGGACUGA